AUGUCACCAGCCUGCAGACCAGGUGUUAACGGGGCCUUGCUGUGCAUCGUCCUUUUAUCAGGCCUUCAUCUUUACAAAUUCAUUGAUGAACCAAAGACCUGGAGUGAAGCCCAACAGUACUGCAGAGAAAAGUUCACUGACCUGGCUACUGUGGACAACAUGGAAGACGUGGAUCAACUGAUUGCAGCUGCUGGCAGUGGCUACAGUGGUAAAGUAUGGAUUGGCCUGUAUGACAAUUCUAGCAGCUGGGCGUGGUCGAUGACAGAUGACGGCUACUACGGAACCAACAAUCAGCUGUUUCUCAAGUGGGGUACUGGUAAACCAAGUAAACCCAGAGAUGAGUGGAAGCUAUGCGCUAUUGUAUAUCAAGGUCUGUUGUAUGAAUGGUUAUUCUCCCGCCCACUCUCCUUUCUCUGCUACGACAAUUCAAACAGUGAGUUUUCUUCUCCUCCAAGAUAUGUCUUCAACUCCUGGUGGAACCUGACGUGGGAGGAAGCUCAGAGCUACUGCAGGAAGUUCCACACAGACCUGGCCUCCAUCAGGAAUGAAGAAGAGAUGACACUGGUCCAGGAGGCUGUACCACAAUAUUGGGGUGCAUAUGUUGGUCUGUCCAGAAGAACCUGGUACUCUUGGUCAGACGGCACAGAGCAUGAAUUCAAAAACUUCCUGACUGGACACCCAUUAGGUCAAACUGGAGACUGUGCUACCAGUGUGAUCGGUGCUACUGAUGCUGGAAAGUGGGUGGAAGAUCAUUGUGACCAAAAACGUCCUUUCAUGUGCCACUACGAGAAAAAGCAGCAGCUUCGGAUCAAGCUGAGGGUUCUGAAAUCUGCAAUGGACCUGAAUGACCCCGCUGUGACGGAGGCCAUCCUGAAACUGGUCAGUCUGGAGAAGAAGCUGAAAGAGAAAGGGAUCACAGCAGGGUUCAAACUUAGAUGGGUCAAGAAGCCUGACAACACCAUCUUUGAGGAAGAGAAGGAAGAGAAGGAUGAACUGUAA